AUGUGGCGAAGUUGGUUAUCCAGAUCGCCAACGCCUUCACGACACGAGCGGAAGGAUGUGUCAGGGGAAGAGGAUGUGAGGUGUCGUUCAGCCACACUACCAAGACCUCAAACACAACACGACGAUGAAGAUGCGGAUAAAAAACCCAACAGUUCUUCUCUGAAGAGAGGACGAUUUGACUUCCUUCGACCCAAACGAUGGCGUACUCUUUCAAGAUCCAGGCAUUCCUCCCCCAAAAAGCCAAAGUCUACUUCACCGGAUAAGCACUCUGAGACAGCCCAUAAUAGUAGCGAUGGAUCAUCUACUCCAACCAAUGAACAAUCGAAUCGGAUGACAUUACCCUUGGGGCUCAAUGAUUCCAUAUCCACGGAGAUGGAUGAUGCAACCCCUAAGGCUGAAGAUGCGAAUGAGUUGUUGAAAGCGGCUCUAAAGGAAAAAUAUCUGAAAAAUUCUGAAACAGGAAGACUCAGUAGAAAAGACAUGACCAAAGCGCACCAUGAACGAGAUCACACCACAAAGCGUUCUCUGUUCACUUUCGGUAGGAAAACACCGGACAGAUCUCAGAGUAUCGCGGUUAGUUUAGCCUUAUUUGUUCCCUCUUUUGUUCAACCUGAGCCAACUUUAGGAUAA